UUCUGUGGUUAUGUUAUUGUCACGAAAAAGUUUAUUUAUUUGUUAUUAAUAACAAAUUUACAGUAAAUAAAUAGUUAACGUGGAAAGUAAACUGAUACAUCUAUUAUAUAAUGGGGCCACCUCCAGUUGUCACUGGUAUUUCACCAAAAGAAGGGCCUCCUGGCACGAGAGUGACGAUACGGGGGGAGUUCCUAGGAAUUAGUGUAACUGAUUUAAUUGGACUCAAGAUAUGCGGCUGUGAUUGCUUGCUGUCAGCAGAAUGGAAAAGCAAGAAUAAAAUAGUAGCACGAUCUGGACCCUGCAAAGGUCGAGGUGAUAUUAUAGUCACCACAAAAUCUGGUGGCGAAGGCACUUCUACAGUACAGUUCAGGGGAUACCAUGAAUCAGUGGGGCCAAUGAAAGAAAGUGCAGUCUGGGUGGAAGAAGCUGCACCUCCCUCUCUACCUUGGGGCCGUCGCCCCAUGUCUCCUACAGCCUACACCCCGCCAGAUCCUCUGGGCUUGUCUACUGAAGGUGAUGACUGUAAGUUUCCUGAGGAAGAGUUACAUGAAUUAUUCCCGGAUGGGUCAGGAAAAUUGUCAGAUGAAAAUUUCCAACCUGGCUGGUAUCUUUUAGAACAUCAUAGCAACACUUCUUAUGAAGACUUAAAAGCUGGUAUGGUAUUUCUGCAGAGAAAGGUGGAGGGACAAAAAGAAGGUCAAUUAAGUUUUCUUAAAGCCAAUACUGGUGCUGUGAUGGACCAGCUGGACCGGCUUGUGCUCCUGAAGAACAUGUAUGAAGAGGAUCAAAGGAAGAACGGAAGAGAACCACUCCCAAGCUUGCAGUCGGCAAUUGAAGAAUCAAUCUCAUUGGCUGACUCAUUAUUCUCGGAGAUAUUAUCACGUAAAGAGAAUGCAGAUAAAACUCGGGAGGCGUUGUCUCUUCUAACCAGACAUAAGUUCCUGUUCCAACUGCCUUCAUCCAUAGACAAGAAUAUUAAAAAGAAAGAAUAUGAUUUAGUUGUCAAUGAUUAUACAAGAGCUAAAAAUCUGUUUGGAAAUACUGAUGUUAAGUUGUUCCAAAAAAUAUUAUCAGAGAUAGAUAAAAAGAUUGAAGAUUUGAAAGAAAAUUUGUACAACAGGAUGAAGACAAUGCCAAUAAAUGUUCAAGAGCAGACAAAAUAUAUCAGAUUACUGAUUAGUUUGAACUGGGAUGGUGACGCAGCUUGGACAGCAAUACUCAGCCGAAAGGAUUAUCUCAUGAACUUAAUGAAUAAAGUAAAGGAACACUUCAAAAAGAAAGAGGAGCAGGAGUCCAAUGAGAAAGGUCGGCGCAAGGCGCGCGAGAGCGAGUGCGAGUGUCUGUGGAGCGCGACGCGCGCGGCGUGGUGCGGCGCGGCGUGCGGCGCGCUCGCCUCCGAGCUGCACGCGCUGUGGCCGCUCGCUCGACGGUACUUCGCUGGCGAGCUGGCCGGACAGCCAACGCUGCCCCAGCGGCACACGGACCUCAAGGAGAUGAUAAUAGCGAUGGUGGAAUCGUUUUCGGAGCAGAUGCGCGGCUGCCUGAUAUGCACGAGUGGUGGCGGGGGCGGGGGCGCGGCCGUGGCUGCGGAUGUGCUGCGCGCGCGCCUGCUCGCCAACCUGCGCCACUUGCGAGACGCUUACGAUUCACUAUUGAAACUAGACUUGCCCUCGCAGCCGCUGAGUAUCAUAAAUUUUAUUUGCAGUUACGAUAUGCCUAAACCAAUGCAAGCUAUCCAAGCAACAAAGGAUGAACUGAGUGCUUUGGAGGAUAAUAUAGCUGACAUGUACUUGGAGUACAAGGGCGACCCACUGGUGGGCACGAUUGAGCCCAGCAUGUAUAUGGGCCGCCAUCACACCGACGGCGACACCGCGCUAGAAGACGCCAGACCAUACGUCUACGAAAUCAUAAACAACCUGAUCGCGGUGCAUGCUGAGGUGGACAGUGUGUGCGGCGCGGCGUCGUCCCGCUACGUGCGCGACAUCUGCGAGACGGUGUGCGAGGAGCUGGCGCGGCUGGCGGCGUGCGCGCCCGCCCGCGGCCGCGCCGCGCUGCAGGCGCGCCUCGAGUACUCGCUGCUGCGCCUCGCCGUCGCACACCACCUCACCAGGAAGGCAGAGAAUUAUUUAAUGGAGGCUCUCGCCGGCCUGCCUCCUUUGGACAACGAGGACGACAAGAAGAAAAUGGAUGAAAUAAUUCAAGGAUUUAAGAAAAGGAUGGAAUUACAACUGGCCAGCCUUAACUGCAACAUGGAGACUGUUUAGUUUAUAUUUAAGAAGUUUAUUGUCUUACGCUCUUUUUUUUAUUUAACUAGUCUGUAAUCUAUAGUAAAUAAGAAAUUGUUAUUUAAUUAAAAAUA